CUUCCCCGAGCGCGUACCCCGACCCUGAGUCUGCACCUCCUCCAGCUCUGCCUGAGCCCCAGCCCUGCCUACCUGCGGGGAUCCCCUCCAACCCUUGGUGCUGCCCGAAACCCCCGUCUCCCCAAGCCCGAACCCCACCCCUUCUGCUGCCCGAACCCCCCAUACCCCUAAGCUUCAACCGCACUCCUGCCUGAACUUCCUAUCCCCCCAAGCCUGAACCCCACCCCUGCUGCUGCCAGAACCCCAUCUCUGCUGCAUCCUGAUCCCCCUCCCUUUGCCUUAGCCCCUACCCGUGCUGCUGCUUAAACUCUCCCCUCUCUUUUCCUGAACCCCCACCCGUGCUCCUGCCUGAGCCCCUCCUGAAGCCCUGCCCCUCCCCCUACCAUGAAACCCCCUUCCCUUCUGCGGUAGACCUCUCUCCACCUCUGCCGCGAACCCCCAUCCCUGCUCCUGGAGCCCCCAUCCUGCUGCGGUCUGAACUCCCCGCCCCCUGUGAAACCUCCCUUCCUUACUGCCGUGGCGCCCUCCUCUGCUGCUGUGAAACUCCACCCCCCAAAAAACCUUUUGAUUCCUGACAACAGCCAAGCCAGCCUCUCCCGUGGAUGCGGGUACAUCAGCGUCAGACCUUCAAGUACUUUGUGCCAAAUCAUUACCACUUCCACAUGAGUUUAAAUCAUGAUGGAUGCCAAGUACGUCCUCUGCAGAUGGAAAAGGCGAUUAUGGCCUGCAAAGGUUUUGGCCAGAACCAAGACUUCAACAAAAAAUAAGAGAAAAAAGGAGUUCUUUCUAGAUGUUCAAAUAAUCUCUCUAGAGAAAAAAAUUAAGGUGAAAAGCACAGAAGUCGAGACCCUACAGGAGUCUCAAAUUGACGACAUUGCCUCCUCGUUAGUCCUUGCAGACGAGGUUCCUGCUGCACCCCUGGAGGAGCUGACCUACAGACGGUCGCUUCGAGUGGCUCUGGAUGUUUUGAAAGAGAAAACCAGUUUGUGUCAGGAAAGCUCUUCCAGGGAGGAUAGAAAAGCUCUGUCUCAAAGCCGGAGGAAGCCCACGGAACCAGCCUCCUUGCUCUGUGACUCUGGCUCUUCAUCUCUUCUUGGUGAAGACGUGUUGGGCAGUUCUGGACCUGGCAGGAGGAGGGUAUGGGCACAACCAAACCUGUCAGUUUUGUCCACUUGUGAAGAGGACCCUGAGUGCAGAGUGGACCACAAGAAGGGGCUCAGGAAAAGUGAAAACCCAACAGCCCUGUUGGUCCCUUUAGCCCAAGAUGGUUCUCAGGAUGGCAGUGGACCAAGAAUACAUCACAAAAAUCAGACUAUAGAAAGUAAGAGGGGAAGAAAUUCAACACAAAAGUCCAGCUUGUGCCAGAAUAUACCCUUGCCUUCAGAGGGAGAUGAUGAUAAAGAGAGUGAAAAAAAGGCAGGUGGCUGGACAGCCCCGUCCUCGCCUUCCAGAGUGCGGGAGGAUGACCCAUGCGCCAGAGCUGAGGGACAUGACCCAGGCCUGCCCUCGGGCAGCCUCACCGUGCUCCCAGCCCAGGCUGGAGGCCGCCCCGUGAAGAGGCCACGCCUGGAUGGCAGCCGGAGGCAGAGGCCCCAGGAACUCAGGGCUCUGCGCAGCCCCGCCCGGCCUGGCUUGCCUACCUCCUGUGCUCCUGUGGAGGAAACACGCUGUCAUCUGGUGGAUUCUGAGAAGCCUGAGGAAGACCGUCAGUCUUCUGAGGAGCCAGUAGAAAUUCAUUCCCUGAAUUCCAUCCCGGAGGAAGAUGAGGAAGAUGAGGAGCCACCAAGAAUGCUUUUAUACCAUGAACCACGCUCAUUUGAAGCAGGAAUGCUAGUCUGGCUUAAAUAUCAAAAAUACCCCUUCUGGCCAGCAGUGAUCAAGAGCGUCAGGAGGAGAGAUAAGAAAGCCAGUGUGCUCUUCAUCGAAGGACACAUGGACCCGAAAGGGAAGGGAAUCACAGUGUCACUGAGAAGAUUAAAGCACUUUGAUUGUAAAGAGAAACAAACACUUCUGAACACAGCCAAGGAGGACUUCAAACAGGCCAUCGGCUGGUGUGUUUCCCUCAUCACUGACUACCGCGUGCGGUUAGGUUGUGGUUCUUUUGCUGGCUCUUUCCUGGAAUAUUACUCUGCCGACAUCAGUUAUCCCGUCCGGAAAUCAAUCCAGCAGGAUGUCUUGGGGACCACGUUUCCCCAGCUGAGCAAGGGGGACCCUAAGGAGCCUGUGGCGGGGAGUCCCGGAGGGUGGAGGCCGCCCUGCCGCAAAUUGCUCCCUGACCGCGCACGGGCCGCCCGGGACCGUGCCAACCGGAAGCUGGUGGAGUAUAUUGUGAAGGCCAAGGGCGCCGAGAGCCACCUGCGGGCGGUUCUGAAGGGCAGGAAGCCAUCGCGGUGGCUGGAGAUGUUUCUGAGCUCGAGCCAGUAUGUGACCUGUGUGGAGACGUACCUGGAGGACGAGGAGCAGCUGGACCUGGUGGUGAAGUACCUGCAGAGAGUGUACCAGGAGACGGACAGCAAGAUGCGGACCCAUGUGAACGGGGACAGGAUACGCUUCAUCCUGGAUGUGCUCCUGCCCGAGGCCAUCAUCUGCGCGAUUUCUGCGGUCGACACAGUGGACUACAAGACGGCCGAAGAGAAGUACAUAAAGGGACCUUUGCACAGCUACCGCCAUGUGGCUGAGAAAACACAGCAGAGGAAGAAACAGUGGUCACCCCGGAGGGUCUCCAUCCAGUCAGAAGAAUGCUGCGAUCAAGAUGUUUCCCUUGGAUUUGUGGCCCCCAGAGCCCUUAAUCCCGUCUCUGGGCGUGCUGCCAGGCCCUGCCAGAGCCAGGGAAAAACAGAUAUUUGACAACCAGCUCCUGGAAGAGAGGAGUCGGCGCCACCGGUGAUGAGGCAGCUGCCACCACAACCGUGCAGUAAGCGGGGACCCUGCGUGCAGCAUGUUUCCUGGAAGGCAAGGGACUGCGCAGAGCACUCACCUUCAGAGCUGUUUGUCCACGUCCCUGCAUCUUCAGCCCUUAUCCCUGCACUUCUGAAACUUCGACUUUGUUAAUGCACCAAAAGCCAGUUCUCCGUCCCCGACAUCAUUUGGAAGGCAUGGUUCCCGAGAGGUUUUUGAAAGGACAAAAAUAUGUGUUAUUUUGUAUUCUUACUUGUGACUGUACAGUUUAACACAAGGUGCAUGUCUGUUUUUUGUGUUGAUCAUUGCAUCUGAUAUUAAGUAGGGGUUUUAAAAGAGUUCAAUAGGAAUAUAUAGCUCCGGAAACAUCGAUGUAUUUUUCAUUUUUGUUUUUUUGUUUGUUUGUUUUUAACCAUUGUGUGAUUUUCUCCUGAGAUGGUUCCUGAACCCGCUCUGCCACUCUGUGUGUUUUUGAGCAAAAACCGUCUUUGUUAGAGGUAGAGCCAAAUUCGAGUUGCUUCCUUGUAUCGUGGUGCCUGCCAUGACUGCUCAUGGAGGAGGAAGAGCGGACAUGCAUCUUCGCAUCGCAGUCCCAUGGGCGAGUGAGCGUUGGCCUGCUGCUGGGUGCUGCAGCCACCUGGCACAGUGGCACAGUGGCCCAUGCUUCCCGCGCCCGUGUGGACCUCCACGGGCAGCUACGUCUGUGUCUUGCUCCUGCAGACAGGGGCCCUGGGUUCCAAUCUUGGCCUGCAGUUCCGGGGCGCCUGGCUGGCUGGUCAGCCCAGGGUUCGAGGGGUCCGGGGCUGGGUGCUGGCUUUCGGAGGGUAGUUGUGUAAAGGUGUGAGUUGGCCAGUCCUCCUGCCCAGCCACAGAUAGUGCAGCUAGUGCGUCAAAAGUCAAGGCCGCAGGCUGGUCAAUGCGUUACUUAUUCUGAGCUGAUGCUCGAGACCAUGUCUGGAAGUCAGUGCUGGCGAAGUUGGUCUUCAGAGCUGGCGUGAGGUGGGCCCAGAGUCAAGAGCACAUCCCGCCCUGCCUGGUGGGGGUCAGUGCUGGCACCUUGGGUUCUUUCUGGCUUUUCCCCACCAUAUUUCCCAGCAGGAGUUCCUGGGUUGGUGGGUGUCGGGGCCUCACGUGGCAGCAUCCCCGUUGUAGGGCAAAACCAGAAUGCAGUUCCCAUGGGAAGUGGAGUGGGAGCUGCAAGGAUGCCCCUGGACCAGUCGUGAGCAGACCUGCCAGAAGCAUCUCCAGCAUGGGGCAUGGGAAGCAGCCGCUGCUCCAUGACUUGGGCACCACACUCCUGCACUUGGCCAUUUUUGUCUUAUGCGACUUAGCUCAAUCCUAAGAGCACCAAACAUAGACACGCACUGGGCCCUCGUGGUCUGUCAUGUCCAAAGCAGGCGGCCAGAGCCCUGGGGAGGCCUAGGAGCUGCAUGUGAGUGGGAGGGAUGCACGGAGCCUUGACGUGCACCUCAGAUGGAGCGCGAGACCCUUUCACCUCCUUCCUGGGAGGGGACUUGGUGGUGUGGCCAAGAUGGGUGCUUGCCCUCCCUGGAGGAAAAAUUCGUCCACUAAACAGUCCCCAGGGGACGUGGACCUGGGGCCUCUCCCGUGGACGCUGGUCAAUAACCUGUAGUCGCUGCAUAGAAGUCUGCACGAUGUUCUUGGAGGUAAGAAACAUCUUGGAGGUUUUGUGGAAACCAAGUUACCCUCAGGGAUGUAACUCUGUUGUUGUGGGGUGUUUUUACUUUUGUUUCUUGGCUGACCUCUGCUGUGUGCUUAGGGUUGGAUUGUGCGACUGUGCAGACUGGAAUUAAAUGCCUCCCUGGA